AUGCUCCGCGUGAACAGCCGGGACGUCCUAGUUGUCCCGCCCUUCGAAUGUGAUAACGAUGUGACCGUCAUAUUCAAAGCUGUCGCUGGCGCUAAGCGCUGGCAGCCGCUCGCGCGGCCGCGGGGCGCGGAGGGCGCGGCCAGCGUUGAGGAUAACUACACUGUCAUCCUGGGCAGCCACCGCAACAGCCGGCUCAAGUUUGAGAAGAAUGGGGAGGAGAUGGAGCUGGUCCAGGGGGUGGACGGCGCCAGAGUCGGGUCCCGGGAUUUCUCGCCCUUCUGGGUCAACUGCCAGGACGGCGCAAUCACAGUGGGGUCCGGGGAGCCGGGGGCGGGCAUCGCGCACAGAUGGGUGGACCCCAGGCCUGGCGACCUGGCGAGGGGGGUGCGGCAUGCGGGCCUCAGCUGCUGGGACCGCCACGUCUCGUACCGCAAUGUGCGCGUGCUGCCGCCCCUGGACCCGGCCCUCCUGGAGCGCGAGGCGACGCGCCAAACGGAGCAGCGGCGCGCCGCCGCCGCCGCGGACCCAGUGGCCGCGGCGACCGUCGGCGCCGCUGCAGCGGCCGCGCCGCUGCCAAGCUUGUUCGAGCUUGCGUCGGCAGCGGUGGUGGCGGCGCUGACGCCCGCCUCGGCCUGCCAGGCGCUGCAGGUGGCGGAACUCCUGCUGCCCACCGCAUGCGACGUGUACUCGGCCGCCGCCGAGUUUGUCCGGCGGCGCUUCGAGCAGUGCGCGGGCGCGGCGCUGCGGGAGCUGGCACAGCUGUCGGCGCCGGCGCUGGCCGACGUGCUGACAGAGCCCCUACUGUCUGUCAGGGAACCGCUGAUAUUUCAGGUGGUGGCCGCCUGGGCCAGCUAUGGCGAGCCGCCACCUAGCCCUGCUGCUACCUCGGCGGCAGGCGAGGGCUUUGAUGACAGCGCCUGCGGCGGCCGCACCAACGGCGGAGCGUUGCAUGCAGGGGGGCGUGGGAGCAUCAGCGGCAGCAGCAGCAACAGCAGCAGCAACAGCAGCAACAGCAGCAACAGCAGCAGCAGCGAAAGCAGCUGCAGUGGCGGCGGCGCCUGCGGCAGCCCGGCAGUGGUUUGUGGCGGGGCUGCUUACAGGCCAGCGUCAGAGCUGCUGUUGGUAAUCCCCCUGGUCCGCUUUGUGCUGAUGAGCGAAGAGGACCUGCAGGGCGUCCUGGCGCACCCCUUCGUCCGCCACAACCCCCUAGUGCGGCAGCAGAUUGAGCGCGAGCUCUCAGACGCACGCGCCGGCGCUGGCAGCGAGGGCGCCGCCGCCAGCUUUGUAUUCGAACGCCGCCGCCUCGUGCGCCCCGCCGCCGCCGCUCCCCUCGACUCUCUUGGAGCCACCGCUGGCGGCGGCGCCGGAGCCUGGGACCCGCCGUCGCCACCGCGGCGGCUGCCGCAGCAGCAGGAGGACCGGGUGCAGCAACAGCAGCAGCAGCAGCAGCAGCAGCAGCAGCAGCAGCAGCAGCAGCAGCAGCGAUAUCAGCGCCGCCUGGCGCCGGCCUGCCGCGAGCUCAUGUACGUGUAUGACGGCGACCGCAACGGCGUCAUCGCGCACAUCGCCACGGACUACGGGUCAAAGCAGUGGGUCAACCCCGUGCUGGCCAAGCGCAUCGAGGUGCGGGCCAGCAGCCCGGCCAGCAGGUUCACCGACCCCAAGGCGCUGGUGAGCGGCGCGUUCCUGCGCACCUCGUUCGCGUGCCCGCGCUACGAGGGCGGCCAGCCGUCGUCAUGGUGGCUGGUCGACCUGGGGCCCUCCCACAGGUUGUUGUGCAACUACUACACAAUGCGCCAUGACAGCAGCAGCGACUUCCCGCGCCACUGGGUCCUGCAGGCGUCCAACGACCUCCAGCACUGGGUCGACCUGCGCCGCCACAUCGCCGACGCUGCCAUCCGCCUGCCCGGCCAAUACGCCAGCUGGCCCGUCUCUGGCCCCGCGUCCCACAUGCCGUUCCGCGCCUUCCGCCUGCUGCUGGCCGGCCCCACGCUCAGCGCUGCGACGCCCUGGAAUUUCUGCCUGAGCCACGUGGAAUUCUACGGCUACUUUUUUGGGGCCGCCCCAGAGGCGGCCGGCGGGGGCGCCCAGGCUGGCAGCGGCGGCGCACCCGGUUGCGCAGCCUCGCCGCUGGCGGCAGCCGGCGGUCGAGGGGGCGCCGGCGGAAGCGGCGCGUGA